AUGCGCUGGGUCUCUCUCUGUGCUGUCUUGGGCGCGGCGCUGCUUGCACCAGCAGUCAAUGCUCGCCCCUGUCAGACCCGAUCCACGAGGACUCCGUCUGCCACUCAUUCCCCGACACUGCCUAUCUCAUCCAUAAUUUCGGUAUCGACGCCAAUUUCUACGCCCGUAUCAUCGGACGUGUCGGUUUCGCUUUCGACCCCCGUAUCGACCGAUUUGUCAACUCCCGUAGGCUCGACGACUACUCCCACAUCUACACCCACCCCAGAACCAACCCCGGUGAACCUUAUUCAAAAUGGGAAUUUCGAGGGUGAGGAUGUCUCGGUCUGGGCCCUUAGAACUGUGACCAUAGAGGAAGACGCCGCCAAAGCCGCUUCUGGAUCCCACUACGCUCGAUUCUACCUCGAGAAUGAGUCUGGUGCCGGAGGUAACCAUCUGAACCAGACUAUCAAUGGUCUUGACACCUCUAGACUGUACCGAUUGUCUUUCUCGGGAGCCGUUUUUGGUCUUACUGACCUUGGUGACGCUACCUGCGAGAUACAAGCCUUGGCGAAUGGUGACAAGAAAGGAGCUUGGCCAAUCCGAACCAUCCCUGUGGGAUCUUAUUCUAGCUACGACACGAACUUCAUCGCCGAUGCAGAAGAUUUUGUCUUGACUUUCAGAAUUAGAUGCUCGGGCCAGAACCUCGUCACUCUUGACUUUGCUGUUGAUGACAUAGUCCUUCGGGAUAUCGGAACAGCCCCAGUAUCACCGGUCUGA